CCUCGCCAGUCACUCCAUCCAUCCGAAGUUCCGAACUGCACCAAGCCACCAACCAGAGCAAUACUGUAUUUCUGUUUUCGGUUAACAACCUAAAGAAUCCCAUUUCAAUAUCUUCAAAAAUUUUUCCUUUUCGAUCAAUUUUUCUUCUUCGUCCUCCUCAUCCAGCAUUCUUCAUUCCUAUGGUUAUGUUUCAUCAAUCCUAGAAGAAAAAACUACAAUUCAGGCGUUCAAGUUUUCGGGUUCUUAAAUCUAGCCUUCCGGAGAAUCUUUUUGGGAAAAAAGAAGCUUGGAUCCAUGAAACGGCAGAAACCAGUUGAAUGUUUCAACCCUUUCGAAUUCCUUUCGGAAGAAAUUCUCUUCACGAUUCUCGAUUGCCUCGACGAGAACCCUCUCGACAAGAAAUCCUUCGCUCUAGUCUGCAAAUCCUUCUACAUCGCCGAAUCUCGACACCGGAAGACUCUCAAACCUCUCCGCUCCGAGCUUCUUACCGCGAUUCUUAACCGAUAUCCUUGCAUUACGCAUCUCGAUCUCUCUCUAUGCCCUCGCAUAACGGACAAUACCCUCAUCGUGGUCUCAGCUCUCUGUAAAUUCACUUUGCACUCCAUUGACCUCUCCAGAUCUAAAUUCUUCUCUCAUGUGGGCCUCGCCAAUUUGGUUCUGAAUUGCUCGUCCUUGCUCGAGAUCGAUCUGUCCAAUGGAACGGAGCUGACGGAUUCUGCUGCCGUGGCAAUUGCAGCGGCGAAGAAUUUGGAGAAGCUGAGCCUGGCCAGGUGUAAAUCAAUUUCGGACUCAGGGAUUGGGUGUAUUGCGGUUGGAUGUAGGAAGCUCAGGGUUAUCAACCUCAAGUGGUGUUUGGGUGUCACUGAUUUUGGUGUUGGUUUACUCGCUGUCAAAUGCAAGGAUAUCCGCAGUUUAGAUCUCUCUUACGUACCGAUCACAAACAAAAGCUUGCCAUCUAUCUUGCAAUUACAAUAUUUAGAGGAUUUGGUUCUUGUGGGAUGCUUUGGUAUUGAUGAUGAAGGCAUUGCAACCUUCAGUAGAGGGUGCCCAUCAGUGGAGAGACUUAAUAUAGCGAGUUGUCAGAAUGUGGGUCAUGUGGGUUUGUCUUCCCUAACAAAUGGAGCAAGAAAUCUACGCCAACUUAUUUUAGCCUAUGGGUCUCCUGUUACACCUGCUUUGGCUGCGGCAUUGCAAAAACUUUCAAAGUUGCAUUCGAUCAAAUUAGAUGGGUGUAUGGUUACAUGUACUGGGCUACAAGCUAUUGGAAAUUGCUGUGCAUCAUUGAGGGAGCUGAGCUUAAGCAAGUGCCCAGGAGUGACAGAUGAAGGGCUCUCUUCCCUCUUGUUAAAACAUAAACAGUUGAGGAAGCUAGACAUAACAUGUUGUCGCAAGAUAACUCAUGUCUCUAUUGCCAACAUCACAACUUCAUGCACCUCACUCAUUUCCCUCAGAAUGGAAUCUUGUAGCCUGAUUCCAAAGGAAGCCUUCGUUUCUAUUGGAGAGUGUUGUCAUCUAUUGGAAGAACUGGACCUUACAGAUAACAAAAUUGAUGAUGAAGGUCUCAAGUCCAUCUCAAGAUGUUCUGAACUUUCCAGCUUAAAAAUAGGCAUUUGUUUGAAUAUAACUGAUGAGGGGCUUACCCAUGUUGGCAUGUCUUGCCCAAAGCUUAUAGAGCUUGAUCUGUACAGAUGUGCAGGAAUAACUGAUUUGGGCAUUGCUGCAAUUGCACGUGGCUGCCCUCGGUUGGAGAUGAUUAAUAUGGCCUAUUGUAAAGAUAUUACAGAUAGUUCAUUGAUAUCAUUGUCAAAAUGCUCAAGGUUAAAUACACUUGAAAUUAGGGGAUGUCCUUCUAUCUCAUCUGUGGGUCUCUCAACCAUAGCCAUGGGAUGUAGGCUACUAACCAAGCUAGACAUAAAAAAGUGCCACAAUAUCAAUGAUGUUGGAAUACUUCCACUUGCUCAUUUCUCCCAAAACCUCAGACAGAUAAACUUGUCAUAUUGUUCGAUAACAGACGUAGGGCUCUUGGCACUAGCAAGCAUCAGUUGCCUACAAAGCAUAAACAUGAUGCACUUGAGGGGUUUGACUGCAAAUGGUCUGGCAGCUGCCCUGCUGGCAUGUGGUGGGCUUACAAAAGUAAAGCUCCAUUCGUCCUUUAAGCCCUUGCUCUCUAAACCUCUUUGUGAACACAUUGAAGCCCGUGGAUGUGUGUUUCACUGGAGAGAUAAAGCAUUCCAGGCUGACAAUUCAAAGGGUUGGAAGUUACAGUUGGAAGAUAUGCCAUAAGAGAUUUGAAGCUCUUCUUUGGAUUGGGGAUGGUGUAUUAUUUUGCUGGAGUUUAAUCCAAAUUGUAUAUAAGAGACAAUUCAUUACAUUAUCCAUUUUUGGUCGUUUCCCUCUUUCUAUAGUUGUACUUGCAAGCCUUGAAUCAUUGUUCUCUCAAGAAUUUGGAAAUGGAUCUUAGGAAGAAGGCUGUUAUCCAUAAAAAAGGUGGUCUUUUAAUUCCUUGAAUCAAGGUUCAAAAUUUUGAUAUCAGCCGAUAUGUAUCGUAUUGGGGGCUUCUCAAUAUGCCCUUACAGGGAGUGUUUCAGGGCCUCGAAUGAUUCAGAGGGUGGAUGGAUCUUAAACCAGUUCCUCUGAACCAGAUUUUAAAAAAAAAAAAAAAAAAAAAGCUAUCCCUGAUAUCGAAUGCUGUGGCACUUUUUACUUUGUACUCUUGUUUGGAUCAUAUUGCACUGAAUAUUUUAACCA